AUGGUGAACGGCAACGCAGCGGUGUUGGAGCCCACUUUCACCGGCUAUGUGGCGACGACGCAGGAUGCGCUGAUUCUCUUCGAGGCCUGCUUAUCCGGGGUCUUGCACCAUGUCCCUCGUCGACCCCACGACCGCGAACGCAGCCAUCUCGUGCGCAGCGGCAGUGUCUUUAUCUACGAAGAGAAUGCAUCGGGGAUCAAGCGGUGGACUGACGGCGUGACCUGGAGUCCCAGUCGCAUUCUGGGCAACUUCUUGGUCUAUCGUGAACUCGACAAGCCUUUCCCUCCUGGCGAGAAGAAGCGCGCGAUGAAGAAGGCCAACCGACGACCAGUCCCGUCCUCUCGGCCGGGUGAGCCAUACCCACGACACGACAGUAAUGGCCAGGGCUACUCCCCCACGUCACCCCCCGGGUCAUUCGGGGACCGUCCCCAUCAGUCGGAGGUCGAGCGGGCAUUGGUCGGGUCGCUGGUCGAUUCGUACGGGUUCAAGGACUCGGGCUUGGUCAAGAAGACGAUGAGCGUGACGGUCACGGGGAUCACACAUCAUCUCGUGUCAUACUACAGCGUGGACGAUGUGAUGCGCGGAGCACUGAACCCACCCUCGAUGGUGGACUCGCUGCGCUACAUCCGGCCGCGCGCCGAACUCACCCAGAAACAGAGCUUCCGCGCCCCGAUCGACGAUCUCGAGUCGGGGACGAUGGAGAACCCCCACGAUCCCUCGCAGGCCCUCUAUGGAUACCGACCGCCGAUGAUGGCUGCUCCGGCUUAUGGGAUGCCCAACCCGUCUCCUGACUUUUACAUGCAUGCUCCCUACGCCGCCACCCAGCCGCCGCACACGGGCCCGAUCGCAGGCUACUCGAUGGCAGGGUCUAUGCCCGGGCACCCCGCCCCGAACCCCUACCUGCCAGCUCCCGGGGCGAUGCCACCCAAAGUCGAGGACUAUCACGCCCUCCGCGCCGGGCCCUACGGCAGCAGCAUUGAUUCGAUGAGCCACAGUGCCCUGUCCUCGUCGAUUCCGGGCGCAAUCAACACGGCAAUCCCCAGCUCCCUCAGCGACCGCCACCGGUCCCACUCCGACCACAGCCCAUCGGCGUACCGCAACUCAUCUAUCUCCUCGCGCAGUGUCGCCACCGACGCCACAUCGCCCAUGGACCCGGCCACGCCCGCCACUUACUCACGGGGCAGCUUCAGUCUGUCGGGUCAGCUGGACUCGAACCAGGCGCCCCUCGAGCCGCGCGGCAUGGUCGAUCCCAGUGUGUCCCGCCGCGAAUCCAACCCUAUCCACCCAUCCUACUACCCGGGCCCUGACCGGUCUCAAUACUAUGUCGGAGCCACUGCUCCCGUCAACCACCCCCAUUAUGCUGCGGCGCAGCCUCUCUCCACGUGGACGACCACGGCCCCAGCUCAGCCGCAGAUUUGA